UGGGAGGAGGUUGAACUUGAUACCAAUGACCCUUUAGCAUCACGUGAGCGGAAGUCUGUGACAUCAUCAAAACAGAGUACGCCUGGGUAGCGUCUGUUACCCUGACUGGAUAACUACAUUUAGGGACCGUUUGGAGCGCAAGCGCUAUGUUCCGUUUCAUGCGUGGCGUUUGUCGUUUUGUCUGACUGUUCGGUAUCGAGUGCGACGACUUUGUUUAUUUCCUCGAUAGGCAAUAUCGUUAUAAGUAUGGUGGAGCAGUCGGAUCGCGCUCCGCUGCUGGACUGGGAGGAGGUUCCCCCGGCCGAACUCGUCCCAGCGGCUCCAUCACCGGAGACUGAGGAUUCAAUACAUUCCGGUCUGUCUAGUUACCCGACCGAGGGCGGUGUACGGGCAGAUAUCUCCCUGAACACAAGCCCGGCGAGACCGAACAGUGUAACAGCUGUUUCAGGUGAAAGUGCACAUUCUCCCCAUAAACACAGCGGCCCGGGAGGAGAUGCUUCCGCCACUGACGAAGAGGGAGACUGCGCCUUUCACGGACUGUCCGUCAGGGAUCGGAGGGUCACAGGAUGGGAAGAAAAAGACCAAAUUGUUGCAGUGUUUGUUGUGACUUUCGACACAAGAUCGGGGAACAUGAUAGAAUGGUGCCUACCUCAAGAUGUGAAUCUGGAGGGAGUAGAGUUCAAGUCUAUGGCAAGUGGCUCUCAUCGGAUCUCAAGUGACUUCAUAUAUUUUCGUAAAGGCUGUUACUUCGGACUAGCGUGCUUUGCCAACAUGCCUGUGGAGAGUGAGCUGGAACGAGGAGCUCGGAUGAAAUCUGUAGGGAUUUUGUCUCCUUCUUACACACUGCUAUACCGUUACAUGCACUUCCUGGAAAACCAAGUCCGGCACCAGUUGCAGUGUCCAGGUCAGUACUCUCCACUGGAAGCUUUCUACGAGGAUAAAAAGGCAGUGUUGCCCUCGGGAGGGAACGGUUUGGUAACAGCCUGCCCGACCAGUGUUCUUGGGCCUAUAGUCAACCGCUGCAUGCAUCCAGAGAUGAAGAUCACACACCCGGCUGGCUGCAUGUCCCAGUUCAUCCGCUUCUUUGGAGAGCAGAUCAUGGUGCUUUGGAAGUUUGCUUUGCUCAGGAAACGCAUCCUCAUUUUCUCUCCUCCCCCUGUCGGUGUGGUCUGCUAUCGGGUAUACUGUUGCUGCUGCCUUGCUAAUGUGUCCAUUCCUGGGAUGGGCGUGUCUGCUCCGGAGUUCCGCCCCUUCUUCUACAUCAAUGUUGCUGACAUUGCUACUCUUGAGACUGAAGUGUCUUAUGUGGCCUGUACAACAGAGAAGAUAUUUGAGGAAAAGAAGGAGCUGUAUGAUGUAUACAUUGACAAUCAGAAUGUAAAGACACACAGAGAGAGCCUCCAGCCUCUGCUUAGACUCAACAGUGCAGACCGAGAGAAGUAUCGCAAGCUCUGUGAGCAAAGGCAGUUGCUGCUGUACUCUCAGGAGGUGGAUGGAGACUGCACAUCUAAUGAGGAAGACCUCUUCAUUUUGUUCUUCAUGGAGCAAAACAACAGAAUCUUCCAGACCCUGUCUGAGGUGGCAGGGAGCGCCGAUCCUACCCUGAGUGCUGAACAUGUGAGAGCCAUGGGGCUGGAUCCUCAGAGUGACCGCGGUUUUCUCGUCGACCUGCUGGAAAUAUAUGCCAUUGAUGUCAUGCUGGUUAUCGACAACCCCUGCUGCCCGAGCCAUUCCUGACCCUUCUGGACCGCACUGACACUGCCAACACCAAAAGGUGCACUCUGCAGCCACUCAAUCCAGUGAUGUCUUUCUGCUUGUCUGUCUAUCUAUGUGCUUCGUAUCCUUCAAGCCAUCUUGGAUUUCUACUCGACUCUGCCCAAGCUUGUUUCCAAAACAUGAUGAUCUCUGUGCCUCUCUCUACUGCUUUUUAUUGUGUGGUCUUCAGUUGUGACUUUGUUCUUCUAGCCAGUGCUGUCCGGAGGAACUGAUGUGAAUAUAAAUCUGCUUCACUUGAACACCAGAGAAUUGGAAAACCAGUCCAUCAACAGAGCAACUCUCACUUCCACAAUGGAGCCACAUGUUUUUUCUGGUAACAACGGUUUGGUGAAGCCUGCUUUGAAUGUCAUAUCUGUAUUUCUAAAACUCUUAUGGAUGUUGCAUUAUAUUACACACAGUACUGUGAUGAUUAAGAUUUUCACAAUCUAUGCCACAUUUUUUGAACUUAAUCACGUACAUGUGAACAGUCAAUUCAAUUUGGGAAAAAACGGACAUCAUUCACUGUGCUUGUUGUGUUAUUUGUGAUCUAUUGUGCAUGGACAAAUAGACACAAUCAGUUUUGCUACUGUAGUUAUGAACAGAGCUUAUUGAUGUAUAUGAAUGGGAAAGAACAACAGUGUAGAAGGUUCUCACUCAUUCUUAUUUCACUACCCAAAUGUAAGCUGAUGAAUGUGACUAUCAUUUCAAUGCUGUCUAUGCUGUUUUUACACCCACUAAACGGGUAUCAUUGUGCUAAAACAGGCCUUUAAUCACUAUCACUGUUGGUAUUGAAUGUAAAUUAUACAUUUAAUGCACAGUCUGAAGCACAUGAUUUAUACAGAUGCAGAAAUGUUACAUUCAGCUUUUUGAGUCCCUUCAUUUGCUCUAAAGAAAUGAAUGUGAUUCUAUUCCGGUCUGUCAUCAGUGAAUGCUCCUGAUUAAUACUUGUUAAAGACUUUGAAUAUGUAUAUACUGGGGUUUCUUAUUUAAAUGUAUUCGGGUUGAUCAUUUCUGGAUAACAGCAGCAAACUGGCCUCACAAAGCCGAUUGAUUGUGGUUUUGUGUGCAUUUAUAUGUUCAUCCUGAGAAAACCCUAACUGGAAACUUAAUUAUUCAAAUUAUUCAUAAAGCUGCAUUAAUAUAAAAAGAAAUUUAAAAGAAAAUCUAAAUGGAAAGGUGACCUUUUGAGUUUACAGUUUCUGUUCAUCUAAUUUUCAAUCUUCUAAUAAAAUAAUGCAUAGUGAUAAUUGAUUUCUUGGGAAUGAGUGCAGGCACUCAGGUUUGUCACAGUUUGAUGAAGUUCUUUAAAUUAUAAUAAUUCAAAUAUUUAAAUGAACAUGAAAUAAUAUAAACUAGAUUUGAUUAAAUGUGAAUUUUGUUUUUACAUUUCUUAUCUGUCAGAGAACGUUCUGUAUUCUAAAUCUUUCAAACCAUCCUCUUGUAGGAUGUUGGUUGGUUAUUUAGUGUCCUAUUGUAAAUGAAUGGAGAAUGUAUAUUAUUGUACAGGUUGAAUUGUUUGGUAUUGUGUAUGUGCGAUGUUUUUUGUGAGUUAUUUAAGUGUUGCACAAAUCUUUGUCACAGUAACAAGCUAAAGGAAUGUUGAGUUUUACUCUACUGGUAUCACAAAGCACUAAUCUAAUGCCUCUUUCUUACACACCACACACACAGA